CAGCUUUCACCAUUGCGGGCUCUCUGUCAUCUCCUCCCCGGUUCCUCAGGAGGAUGCGGGGCCCGCGGACCGCUCUGCUCCUCGGGGGCUUUCUUUCCUUUGUCUCCUUUCAAAUGGCUGUGUCGGCUCAUGAGAACCUGGACAGGAAAACGGAAUUCUUUUCUCCAAAUUUGACCUCAAACACAAGUACGGUGAGGAUGGGCCAAAAUGUCUUUCUGUUUUGUUCCAUCAAGAACACAUCGCUUCAGGCCAAUUACUCCUUGUUUUGGCAUACUCAACAACUGGACAAGAAGAAAGGAAAAGGUGAACCGGUGAUUUUUAACCGAAAUAUCUCGAAAGCCAAUGAAUCAGGCCCCUACAAAUGCAAAGUCCAAGUUUACAACAUCUCAAAAUAUAGUCAAGAGUUCAACUUCACACUUGCUGAUGACAGCUGUCCUUUAUGCCUCCUGCCUCUGCUGGUUCCUGUGUUACUGGUGCUGCUGGCAAUCAUCCUGAUUCUGGUGUUUUGGAUCCGACCAAAAUACAAAGCAAGAAAAUCUAUGAGAGUGAAGGGGCCCACGGACUCCGGAGCUCUGUCCUUGGACAGCGAACUGUAUGCAAACCCCUGUAGUCCUCAAUCAAUUUGUGCAGGAAAGUCUACGAGAGUGAAGGGGCCCAUGGAUUCCGGAGCUCUGUCCUUGGACAGCCAACUGUAUGCGAACCCCUGUAGUCCUCAACCAAGGUCAGAAUCCACUCAGGAGAUACAAUACGCCACUCCAGUGUUCCAGGAGAUGUCAACUUGGAAGCAAGAAGACUAUCACAUUUCUGAGAUUCGUUCUGUCUAUUGUGAGCUCAACUUCUCAACUGUACAUAACUGACUCCAUCUCAGGAAGCUGAUCGACAUGAAGAGACAGCAAACUCGUCUGCCACUUAAAAUGUCUAGCCUGGUCCCGCGAGUGAAGCCUGGGUUUUUCACACCUGAAUGCUAUCGCCUGGCUCAGGGGUGCAUCUUUUCUUGCCAUCACACAUACUUUGGACAGGUGGGACCCUGCAGGUAGCAGCUUUUGAGGACUUUGGCGCGGGGGCCUGAUUUUCAAAGAAUAAUCUUAAGCCACGCUGCCAAGUGCACCCUGCAGC